AUAACCUCUCCUGUGGAUAUCGGCGAACGGGAGAAAGGGGGUGGCUUGUGCGCCAAGAUACUCGUGAAGAGGGGAGCUGCGUCACAGGGAGAAGCUUAUUGAUUCAGCCUGGUUUUCUCAUUGGUUCAGUAGAGCUGACUUGGGACUCCGUCGACGAACACCACUCACACCCAAACAACAUCAGAGCAAUGGAAGGGGCUGCUAUACACCUUAGACGAAGAAAAACUCUCACAGAAGUGCAUUUCAGUCAUAAAAAUGAAACAUAACUAUAAAUUAAUAACAAAAUGGACAAUUAUUUGAUAUUUUGUGAAAUGUUUUAGUUAAAUUUCUGCAUUUUUGUAAAUUAUGGAUAUACAGAAAAAGUUUCUAUGUCCCCGUUUAGUAGAUUAUUUAGCAAUAGUUGGUGGUCGUCCUUCAUCUCCUAGGAAUGCAAAUAAUGCCUCCCCUGCAGUCCAGGUUCCUGAAUUGCUGCGUCGAUACCCUGCUGAAGAUCACAAAGACUUUCCCCUUCCACUUGACAUGGUUUAUUUUUGUCAACCAGAGGGAUGUGUCUCUGUCGGUCCUAAGCGAACUGCAUUGCGAGAUGCUACUUCUUUUGUUUUUACACUCACCGAGAAAGAUUCAGGAAAGUGUCGCUAUGGGAUCUGUGUUAAUUUCUAUAGACCGAUUGAUCGACCUGGAGCUGGUACCUCUCAAAGAAGAGACAUGCACCUACGAAGAGAAUCAUGGAGAAAAAGCAUGGAAAAGAGUUCAGAUUCUGCAUUUUCAAGUGACUACAAAAGCAACUUAGCACCAAGUGAUUCAGACCGGGAUUGUCCUAGCAGGAGAGACUCAGAACCCUCCCAUCCGAUAAACAGGCUUGCACCAAUACAAUGUGAUAGCGAAAGUGGAGGUUCACAUAGCCCAAGCCCAAGGGCCAGUAGGAAGCGACAGAGACUGAGGAAUCAUUCUUUGACAUCUCUUUGCCUCCUGACCCACCAUCCUUUUUUUUCAAUAUUCAGAGAAUGCCUUUUCAUAUUGAAAAGACUUAUUGAUGCAUGCAAUGAUAAUUCGUCACCAAGGAGAGUAGGAGCUUCAAGGCAGAUUAAUAGCUUCAAAUGCUCUUAUCCCAGUGUCUGGGGUGUAUUGACUGGCAAAGGUAUCAUUGACUCUACUGCAUCAGUUGUCUUGCACGAUGUGAGGGAGAUAGAAACAUGGAUUCUCCGUCUGCUAAGUGCUCCGGUACCAGUCCCAGGGAAAACUAGAGUUGAGGUUGAAGUACUGUCACCACAUCUUCAUCCACCACUCAACUUUGCUCUUCCAGAUCACACAAGGUUUUCACUGGUAGACUUUCCCCUCCAUCUACCUUUAGAAUUGUUAGGGGUGGAUACAUGCCUUAAUGUCCUUUCUUUAAUUUUGUUAGAACAUAAGUUAGUAUUACAAUCCCGUGAUUACAAUGCUCUAUCCAUGUCUGUGAUGGCUUUUGUAACAUUGAUAUAUCCUCUUGAAUACAUGUUUCCUGUGAUACCACUAUUGCCUACAUGCAUGAGCUGCGCUGAACAGCUAUUGCUUGCACCGACUCCUUUUGUCAUUGGGAUUCCAGCAAGUUUCCUUAUGUUCAAAAAAAAUUUUAAAUUGCCGGAUGAUGUCUGGUUGGUUGAUUUGGAUAGCAAUAAAAUAACACCACCUUCAUGCCCAACGGAAGACGUACCUCCAUUGCCAGAACCUGAGGGAAAUAUUCUGAAGAAUCAUUUAAAACAAGCAUUGAGUAGCCUUUGUGGUCCUUCGCCAAUGCCCUCAACAGGACUUCACACCCAUCCAAAUACAACUCCUAGGGAGCUGGGAAACAUGCUCAGAAGAGAAAGUAUGAACCCCAUACUUCAGCUCCCUCAAUACCAACAAGUUAAUUUAGGGUACAGUCCAAUGCAAAAAGGUGAUGUACCACUUCAUCAAAACUACCACCACCAGAUUCCAACACCCCAAAGUUUCAAUCCAUUUAUUUAUGGAAAUGAUGUAGAUUCUGUCGAUGUUGCAACUAGGGUUGCCAUGGUACGGUUCUUUAAUUCUCAGAAUUUGCUGGUAAAUUUCACAGAGCAUACAAGGACAUUGAGACUAUACCCGAGACCAGUUGUGGCUCUGCAAAUAAACAGCUUCUUAAGAUCAAGACCUAGAAUCUCUGCUUUUCUACAAAAGUUUGCUAGGACUCAGGCCGUGGAAUUUCUUGCAGAGUGGUCAUUGACUCCUAGUAAUGUUGCCUUCCUAAGAGUUCAAACUGGAGUAUGUGAUCCAGCACAAAUAGGAGAUAAAUCAAAAUGGUUUAAUCACACUUUAGAACCCAUACUGUUUAGAGUAUGGGAUGAUAAUAGUUCACUAGCCACAGCUUUAAAUUAUCUUCCUCAGCAGGAACAACCAACAGAUGAGAGUGGAUCUGAUUCUGAAGGAGCAGACAGUUCAAGCUCUUCAUAUUCAUCUCUAAGUGAUUUUGUAUCUGAAAUGGUAUCUUCUGAUUUGUCACCAAGUUUUGUGAUGGCAGACACUGGAGCUGUAGGUCUCUCAAGCAGUGUUGAAAUACAAGCUGUCUAUCACCCACCCUCCACACUACAACUUCCUGGAGAAACAGCUGGUGAAUCAUCCCCUUCCCAUUCGAGGUCUCCUGCUUCUCAAAGAUCAUCAUCAGAAUCAUCCAGUGAUGACAGUGAAGGCAGUGAGCAAGAAAUUAAUGAGAAGGACAAAAGUAUAGGUCGUGAAGUAGAGCGAACUACGCCAACCUCAGGAGAGCAAACUGAAAUUCAUGGUAGAAGGCUUGUAAAGUCUACACCAUCUCAAUGUAGUUCCGGAGGAAGCCCACAAAGGAAAUCUAGCCUGACUGGUCUUAUAGGUAGAGCAAGUAGUUUUGGAUCAAGCCCACCAUUGUCACACCAGGGGUCUAUACUUGAAACUUUUACAAGUCAUGCAAAGGAGCUUGUACGGGAAACAAAAAGACAAAGUAGUCAAGAGGGCCUUUUAGCUCACGUAGAUAAGUUAACCAUCCAUGCAAAAAAAGCAGCUGGAGAGGCACACAAAACUGCCCUUGAAGCCAGUAAACAAGCAGCAGGUGUUAGCAAAAAUACAUUUGAAGAUCUUACUUAUGUUGGGAAAAGUACAUUGGGAGAUGUAACAAAAAGUGUCAAACAAGUUGCUUCAAAGAAAGGAUUGCUUAAGGCUCUUGGAGAAUCAAGCGAUUCCUUAACAUCACCACCAACAACUCCAGGAUCUCAGUCUACGACUCUUGCUCAGCCAGAUUUAAGUAGGACAGCUGGACGUGACUUUUUCUCAAAUAUUACCAGUGAUAUCAAUGGAUUGGCAGCUCAGACUACUAGCAUGUUCAGUGAUUUUUUUGGGAAUAAAAAUCCUCGAAAUACUAAUGUGAAAACUCAGUCUGUAACAGCUCAACCAAAAGAAAAAACACAGAUGUUUGGGCCUUUCCCAAAAGGUGGCAGAAAAGGAUUUACAGACCGUCCAAGUUUAAUCAGACAUGUUAGUGUGCAAGGCAGAAGAGAAGAUUUGCAAAGGCAGUCUACAGUUGAACGAAACAUCAGCAAUGAUGAAAACCAAGCAUUCCUUAAACAGAUUAUCAACCAAGUUCUUGAAGGCGAAGGAGUUGGCUGGCUAAAACUCAAUAGGCUGAAAAAGCUCAUGGAGGAUGAAAACUAUAGAACAUUUGUUGUAACAAAACUCAAUAAAACUUUAGAUAAAAAAAUAAGCCCAACCGACCACAUCGAUGAUGUUUGUGUUACUCGGUCGGUUUGGAAAGGAAUGUUAAAAGUAAUACAAGCUGUUGUUUAUGGUCUAGAAGUCACCUAUGCAAAUUAUGGAUUAGGUGGCAUGGCUUCAGUGUUUCAAGUAUUGGAAAUUGCUCAUACCCACUAUUGGACAAAAGAUCUUACUGAUCCAAGUGGCCUAGAUUCUAACAUUUUGUCACAAACACCUAGUCCUUAUGGAAGCAGAGAAAACUUAAAUUCCCCAAUGAGCCCUUCUAGCUCCCCAAUACCUUCAGCCCACACGUCUCGCAAAUCCAGCCAAACUGGUGCAUGUCCUGAAAGUGUGACUACGUCUCAUCCACCUUCUCUUCGGCUUAUACAAGAUUCAUUAGAUGCAAGUUCUGAACUCCCUCAACAAUCUACAACAGAAAUGUUUAGAGAGAUGUUUAACCAAAAACGCCAAAUGCUCUUUUCUAAAUUGUCUUCUAUAGAUAAUGAGGGAGGAGAGUUGAGAAGGAGCAGCCCAGAUACUGGCUCAGAGACUGGUAGCAUAAUAACAAAUCCUUCAUUCUUCAAUCGUGGCCAUAAGAACAACUCUUCCUUCAGGAGUACCGUGUCUGACAGUGAGGUUGAGCAGGGAAAUUUUCCGAGGCAGACAAAGCUUCGUACACCAAGUGUUUGGUCAAGCAAGUCUUCUCUAAGUGCUGGCUUUAGAUAUCAUGGGGGAGCAAUUGUACCUUCAACAACACCCAGCCCAGAGACUGGUCGGACCUAUUUAUUUGAAGGACUUUUGGGAAAGGAAAGGUCAUCGUUAUGGGAUCAGAUGCAGUUUUGGGAAGAUGCAUUUUUAGAUGCAGUGAGCCAAGAAAGAGACAUGAUAGGAAUGGACCAAGGACCUAUCGAAAUGAUGGAAAGGUAUAAAUGGUUAAGUGAAACUGAAAGAAAAAGGCUGGAGCAUGAAGAAGAUCGUUUACUUUCAACUAUGCUAUAUAAUCUUACUGCAUUCAUGCUAAUGCUGUCUGUAAAUAAAAAUGAACUGAAACACAAAAUCAGACGUUUGCUUGGAAAGAGUCAUACUGGGCUUGUUUACAGCCAAGAAGUAAAUCUGCUUUUAGACCAGAUCAAUAACUUGCAAGGAAAUGAUAUUGACUUGAAGCCAGUGGCUUCUAGGCUGUCUCAGAGACACACAUUUACAGUGCAUAUGGGAACUGAUCAAAGUGGGGAACUUCUUUUCAUUGAAGUCAGGGAGGAUGGCUUAGCACUGCGAGGUGUGAAUGGUGUAAUGGUUCGACGAUGGUGGUAUGAAAGACUUGUCAACAUGACAUACAGCCCUAAAACCAAAGUGCUUUGUAUAUGGAUAAAAAAUUCAGGACAGACACAACUUCAUAAGUUUUAUACAAAAAAAUGCAAAGAUGUGUACUGCUGCAUUAAAGAGAGCAUGGAAGGGCGAGGCAACUCUGAAUUGAAAGGCAUUGAACCAGGUGGCGAAUUUCCAAUUGAAGAUCUUUCUACUGGUGAAGGUGGUCUCCUCCAUGUCUGCAUGGAAGGUGUUGGGCUUCUGUUUGCCAAUAGCAAGGAUUUCGAGUUCUUCAUAAAGCUGGAACACAUAAGGAAGUGUUUCACGCAAAAGGGAGGAAUAUUUGUCUUAGAAGAAUUUAAUCCAAAAAAUAGACAAGUAACACAACGCAGAUACAAAUCAUCAAUGACGGAUCAGAUCUGUUAUUCAGUUCUAUGUAUAUUUUCUUAUGUGGCAGCAGGGCAAGAGAAGAAGUUGCAAACAUCCAAGAAACCUCAAAAGAGUUUCAACUAAAACAUCUAAAAUAGUGGACGUUAAAACAAAAAUGAAACUGUCAUUAUUGAUCGUUCUGUCUGUAUUUGAAAAGUUGUGAUAAAAAUAUCUUUCUUAGAUUAAAAUAAUUGUGAUUGACAA